AUGGAAGCAUCUCAUGCACUAAGUAAAUGUGGUAAUGUGGUAUACAGUGGAGGCAAAAAAGGUUGUAUAGGUCCUGUUGAUUACCAAAAAAACAUUCUUGCACAACAAAUGAAGAGAAUACUUUUGAGCCGAAGUCUGGAUGAGAAUAUCGAGACACGUUCAACAAACAGGAAAGCAAAAAAGAAACUUAAAUGUGAUGGGAACAGUACUUGUGAAGUUCAACAUAAAAAACAUGAUAUCCAUUUUGAAACAUUCAGUGACGAAUCUAGUAUGGACAUGGACUCGACUAUGCACGAUGCAAGUUGCAGUUUAGAUGAACCAAUGAAAUCCUCCAACUUGUGUUAUGAUGACAAUAGCUAUCAUUCCAGCAAUGAAGAGGUCGAAGAAGACGGUGUUGAGCUGCUGAUCAACGAAGAUAUAAGCGUACAUGUAGGUUGUAAUACAGAGAAGAGAGAGUCAAUAGAGCACCUCCAAGACGAUCUUUUACGCCAUUCCGAGGAAUACACAUCUGAAGCCACCUUGACAGAGAUCAAUUUUGAAACAGCAAAGGAAUGUGUUGCUAAUCUUGGUUCUUUAUCUUCAUACAAGGCACACAUCGACUAUGCUCGAGUUGGUUCAAUUGAAUGGUUGAGGCAAGACACCAGGGUAUCUGUAGAAGUAUUUCAGAUUGUUUUCCAUUUUACUCCCAAUCGCCAGCUCGUAAUAGAACAUCAGUCUCCAAAAGACAAGAAAAGACAGAGGAUAAUUAUUGCCUUCGAUACUAUUCUCGGUCUUUAUUACAAAGAUUCGACUUCAACGAUUGCCUUACACAUUUGCGAGCCAGCGAAGGUGAUGUCAAAGUUUCCGGGUAACAAAACAUGGCAGACGACAGCAUCGGAGACAACAUCGUUUAUCUCUUCUUCAAAUAGCUUCAAUGUGAUACCCGUAACCGUUAGAGUUAACUUAAAAUCAAAGAGUGAUUGCUUGAAGUCAUUGUUCAAGCAAGAUCCAGCCUUACAACGCGAGCUUAAACCAGGAAAGAAUUAUUCAUCGAGCCCGCAACAGAUAGCCAACACAGAGAAAUGGUUUCCGAUUCUCAAACAUCCAAACCUCGUCAGAGCUGCACAACUUGCAUCACUUUCUCUUUUAGAAGAAACAAAAGCUAAGAAAAAGGAUUUACAGUGGCUCCUCUUAAGAUACUUUGGACUUGAACGUCGCUUCAACGAACUUCUGAAGUCUUCUUGAAGUCAGCCAUUGUUUUGCAUGCAAUGGAGAACCCGCGUAG